UCGAGCCACUUUUUAGCUUUCUGUAUAGCGUAUUUUAAUUUUAUUUCAUUAUCCUUUGAUUUAUGCGUAAUGAUUAAUAUCUAUUUAGCCAUAUUAGUAGAUUUGUUGUUUAAUUAGAUUGUUUCAAUGUGCACUUACAGUGUUAUAUAAACUGUAGAGCUAAUAGUGUCGGCAGUCCCGAUGUGUAUAACUACAUAGUACGUCAGUGAUCGAAUGGUGGCUGUAAGAUAAUGGAUGUGGAUGCUCCUAAUAUAUUGAAAAGGUGCAGCAGCGCACCUCUGAUCAAUGAGGCGGCCUCUACGGCGGCUAUCUCGCCUACCACCAACACAGCGCCCAGGUAAAGUAGACAGGAAUACGUUCUUCAACAUGUUUAGUAACAACAACGUGUCGCGCACCCGCCGGCACAGCGGCAGCUUCAGUCCGCUCGCCUGCCAACCGGUCACGAACUCGUGGGGUCCUCGACUCACGCCGCGUGUUAACCAGCUGCGGGCGGAGGAAUGCGCAGAUGUGAGCAAUACAAGGGAAGUUGCGCACGAAAGGGAAGUACACUCCGCCAUGCAGAUGGGCCAGUCCUGCGAGGAUCUCACCCUCGUCACCGGAAUUUCCAAUUCGCCUACCAGGCUACAAAGAUUUUCUCCAGUCGUGUCUCCAUCCCCGACGCGAAAAUACACAACGCGGCGAAGCCUCUCGCCCAUCGCGAUCCGAGCGUCCAGCUUCAGUCCUGUGAGCAGUCGACCGAACAUGUUCGUCGCGAAACGGCGGUGCGACGAGACCGACUCCCCGCUGUCCAAACGUAUGUGCACCUCAGACAGAUUGACCCCCUCAACGCCCGGGACGCCUGACUCUGAUUCCCUAGAAUGCACCUUCAGGCCCGUCUCUCCCAGGGCCCAACCCAUGAACGAGUCACCGAACGAGUCACAAGACAGACAGGAUAACCACAAAUCACCCAACCCCAGCUAAUAGUGUGUGCAGCGCAUGGACAAUUUAGUCCAGGAAUUUCAAGUUUCACUAUGUACCUAAUGGUAAUGAAUAUAAAGUUGAAUUCUGUACUAUUUACCGUUAGGUCUAAAUUGGGGGUUGUAUAUGUUGCAAGUUGAGUUUUAGAGGCAUUGUAUCGCCUGUCAACUAGUGUUAUUAGACAUUUUAAACCUUAUUGUAAUCAUAUUUACAAUCAAUUCAUAUUAACAUUUAAAGUGGUCUACUAAUUUCGUAGAACAUACAUUAACUUUAAACUCAAACAAAACUAUUUUACAGCUGUUCGAAAAAAAUAUAUAGUUUUUGCUAUUAAGCAUGGAAUAUAUGUAAGUUAUUCACUUUUUUUCUGUUUAUACAUUUAGGAAAGUCACAGAGAGAGGCCAUACAGCCGAUGUAAUAUUUAUUCAAUUGCGUUUUUUAUUUGUGUAUUGUCACUAUUGUGAGAUACUGUUGUCCCAGGUAUAGCGAUAUUCAACUUUAUGCCAGUCACUUAACAAUGAAAUUCCUGGGCUAUUGGUACAUAGUGAUUAGAACAGGUACUAAAUGGUCGUGGUUAGCAAGUCAAAAGUGGACAUAUUACACUCUAUAUAGGGUUCAAAUUGCAUGUGUUUGUUCCGAUACACUGAACUAGAUUACACCAAUAUAAAAAUGUUCCUAAUAUUGAAGUAGUUUAGGAACGAACAUAAAGCGAACACCCUGUUAAUAGCCAAAGCAUUCUAAACUUUAUUGUAAAUAUGUUAGGUGCGUUUCUAUGUAUUGAACGCAGUAUUGUAUAUAAUUUAUAUUGAUAAGAGAAUGUAGCCAUAAAUAUAAUUGAACGUGUUGUAACAAAAUGUAGCAGGCGUACAUUUUACAUUGUUAUUGAUUUCGUCCGCCGAUUUUUUUUUAUUUAUUACGAAUUUACCGAGUAUCUCGACGUUUCAAGUUUGGAAUCUGCGCCGCUUGCCCGUAUUAGUGCGAAUUUAUAGAUGUUUAAGGCUAGUUUUGUUGUGGGUUGCCACUACAUUAAUAUUUGUAACCUACAUACAUGCAUAUUUGUUUUGUUUAUUAUUUUAAUGUGACCAUAUGUGUUGUUUUAUAAUUUAAGCUACAAAGGCGUCGAGGUUCUCUCUAAUUUAGAGGUAAAUAUCUGUAAUGUUGGGUUUAUGGCGACUGUACACGGGCAGCUUUUUCAGCCGAUUAGUUAUGUGCAA